GACUCUCCGGCAGCAUUUAGACACAACGAAAGGAUCAUGGCGGAUGGCCCCAGGUGUAAGCGCAGAAAGCAGGCGAAUCCGAGGAGGAACAACGUGACUAACUACAAUAAUGUGGUGGAGGCCGGCUCAGACUCAGACGAUGAGGACAAGCUGCACAUUGUGGAGGAGGAGGGCAGCCUGGCGGACGGGGCCGACUGCGACAGCACCCUGCCAGACGAGGAGCACCCCAGGGAGCGCUGCUGGGACGGAGUGAAGGAGGAUUGUGUGUCAGACGCUGAAGAUGAUGUGAGCACAGACGCCCUGGUGGAGGAGAUGCUCCAGCAAGGAGACACGGCUGUCAUCUACCCAGAAGCCCCGGAGGACGAGCCUCAACGCCAGGGCACCCCUGACGCCAGCGUCCAUGACGAAAACGGAACGCCUGAUUCCUUCUCUCAGCUGCUCACCUGCCCGUACUGCGCGCGUGGCUACAAGCGUUACAGCUCCCUGAAGGAGCACAUCAAGUACAGGCACGAGAAGACCGAGGAGAGCUUUAACUGCCCCGAGUGCAGCUACAGCUUCGCCUACCGCGCCCAGCUGGAGAGGCAUAUGACAGUCCAUAAGGGCGGACGGGAUCAGAGACACAUCACACAGUCCGGAGGCAAUCGUAAAUUCAAGUGCACUGAAUGUGGCAAAGCAUUUAAAUACAAGCACCAUCUGAAGGAGCACCUACGCAUCCACAGCGGAGAGAAACCCUAUGAAUGCUCCAACUGCAAAAAGCGCUUCUCCCACUCAGGCUCAUACAGCUCCCACAUCAGCAGUAAGAAGUGCAUCAGCGUCAUCUCAGUUAACGGCAGACCGCGCAUGGGGAAUGCCAAAACCCAGACCCAGGGUCCGUCACCUGUGCUGCCCACGCCGCCCUCAGUCCUCCACACCCAGAUAAGGGAGAAGCUGGAGCACAGCAAGCCCCUGCAGGAGCAGCUGCCACUCAAUCAGAUCAAGACUGAGCCCGUGGACUACGAGUACAAACCCACGGUGAUCACAUCCCCGGGUAUGGCCGCCAUGAACGGUGGGGUUUUCAACGGAGGUGCCGCAGCUCCUCUGCAGGGCACAGUCCAGGCUGUGGUCCUGCCCACUGUUGGGCUGGUGUCGCCCAUCAGCAUCAACCUGGCAGACCUGCAGAAUGCACUCAAAGUGGCGGUGGACGGUAACGUCAUCCGCCAGGUGCUGGAAAGCAACGCCAAAGGUCAGGGGCAGGUAAACUCGGGGUUAACCACUGGAAUGCUCCAUCCCGCACAGCAGCAACUCAUCUCAGCCAUCAGUCUGCCUAUUGUGGGUCAGGAUGGAAAUGCAAAAAUCAUUAUAAACUAUAGUUUGGACCCCAACCAGGGCCAGCUCACAGCCCAUAACCUGAAGAAAGAGCCUGAGCCGGUCUCACCGGGUCAGACCACCACUGACACCUUCAAGUCCCAGAAACUCCCUGAAGAUCUAACCAUAAGAGGCUCCAGGCCCCUGGAGACUAAAGAAAAAGAGGAAAAGACCACUAAAACUUGUCUCCUGUGUGAUAAUUGUCCCGGCGGGCUGGAAACACUCCACGCCCUCAAGCACUGCAAAAAGGAUGGUCUCAGGCUGAACGGAGCGGGCCUGGAUAAGUCGGAGUCUGCUGUUGCUGCCUUGCUGUCAGAGGGUGGACUCUGUAACCAGCCCAAGAACAUGUUGUCCCUGCUCAAGGCCUACUUUGCCUUAAACGCAGAGCCCACCAAGGACGAGCUGGCCAAGAUCUCUGACUCAGUCAGCCUGCCAAUCCACGUGGUCAAGAAGUGGUUUGACAAAAUGCAGGAGGGUCAGAUAUCACUGGGUGCCCCGACACCUCCCUCAGAGGAGGAGGACACCUGUGAAGCUAACAGCGUGGUGUCUCUGGUCCCAGGGAAGAACACGGCCAUUAUGAGUCCCUCCGUGACCCAGGACAGCCCGACAGAAGCCACCCCAGCGGAGGUCAACGGCGCCCACAGCUCGCCGGCCUCUCCCUCACCACUAAACCUGACAGCUGGCGGUCCCGUCCCGGCCCAGCCUCCUCAGAGCACUGAGGGACCCCUAGACCUGUCGCUGCCAAAGCCCACCAGAGAGGAGGCGGAGAGAGAGGUGGCAAAAGCCUGUGUUUACCCCACCCCUUCCUCUGGCUCUACCAAUGUGGAUGAACCCCUAAACUUAACUUGCACAAAGAAAGAGGCAUCGCCACUCUCAGCCAUGGGCGCCAGCCCCAUCGCACUGUACUCCAGCCAGCCAAGUGCCAAACCCCUCGACAUUGUGACCACAAUGCAAUGCCUACGGGCAUUAGCCACUAACAACAAACAGACUAUCCUGAUCCCCCAGCUGGCUUACACCUAUACCACUACAGCAAACAGCCCCGCAGGGACCGAGACGCAGGACACCAUCCACCUCAACGGAGUCAAGGAGGAGAAGCAGGACACGGGCUCGGAGGGCGUGUCCACCAUGGAAGAGCAGAACGACUCCGACUCGGGCCCUCCGAGGAAGAAGAUGAAGAAGACGGACAGCGGCAUGUACGCCUGCGACCUGUGCGACAAGAUCUUCCAGAAGAGCAGCUCCCUGCUGAGACACAAAUACGAACACACAGGGAAGCGGCCUCACGAGUGCGGCAUCUGCAGCAAGGCCUUCAAACACAAACACCACUUGAUCGAACACAUGCGCCUCCACUCAGGAGAGAAGCCGUACCAGUGCGACAAGUGCGGCAAGCGCUUCUCGCACUCCGGCUCCUACUCCCAGCACAUGAACCACCGCUACUCCUACUGCAAGAAGGAGACGCAGAGCCAAGGCGGAGGGCGAGAGAGCCCCGAGGACGACGCAGAGGCCCAGGCCGAGAUGGAGGCCCUGAGCCGAGUGCAGCAGCUCCUGGCCAACUCCCAGCUGGACUUGGAGGAGCGAGGGAGCAGCACCAGAGAGGACGAGGAGAGCGAGGAAGAGGAGGAGGAGGAGGAGGGCGCGGUGGACAUGGAUGACAUCCAGGUGGUGCAGAUAGGGGACGAAGGAGGGGAGGAGGAGGAAGAAGAAGAGAGGAAUGAGGAGGAGAUAGAGAGAGUUUUGGUGGAGGGAGAAGGAGAGGAGGUGAAAGAGGAAGAAGAGGAGGCUGACACAAGGCAGGAGGAGGUGCUCGGGAGCAUUCAGGAAGAGGAGGAAGUCAAGAUGAGGGAAGCGGAGGCGAUGGAUACAGAAGGAGGGGUGACGGAAGAGGGGGAGGUCACAGAGGAGAGCGGAGGCGAAAUAGACACAGUUUCUGGAGAGCAGAACGAGACGCCGCAGGAGAAAGGAGAUACUGACUAAAAGAGGAAUCGGACUCCUCCCUGAGACACAAUCAGAUUCCUCCUCUCUGAUCGCGCAGAGGAAGAACGCAGGAGAUGAUGUCUGGUCACUCUGACAGUUCCUUUCAGUUCACUACUGUGUAGAAAUCCAGGUGUGCCUGAAAAAAAAAUACUAGUGACUUUUCCGCAGGAGAACGAUUUCUCGCUGUUAGAAAAAUCAAUUUGUAAAGAAAAAGAUGAAGACGAACACAAAUUUUAACAAACGAAGGAAAUGCAUUAUACAGACUUUGGAAGCUAGAGCCGACACGUUUUAGAUAAUGUUUUAUUACUAAAACACCUUGGGUCAUUUCUUUUUAUCAGUGUUACUAAUUUUAUCACUCAUAUUUUAACCUUUAAAAAGUUGUACAGUUGGGAGAUAUUUCUAUACCUUUUUAUUGCCAAUGAACAAAAAAAGUCAGUAUUUUAUUAAGUUGGAAGGAAAAUAAGAAAAAUCCUGUGCACUACAAGUGGCUUGGUUUACCUAUGGAUUGAGCAGUUGAGUUGUGUUGUCUACCCUUCAGUAUUACCGCACUAGUUUUACCACGCCAUCAUGCUAGCAGAUGUUAGCAGUACAUCUCUUUUUGAUUGGAUUGUGAGCCUUAAGAAGAAAAACAACGGAGAGCAGACGGGUCUUUUCAGUCAUUAACUUCCUUUUAGAUGUUUAGACUCAUUGUUGUCAAAUUUCUUUUACUAAUCAGUGUUUUUUACAAAUAGUUUGACAUUUUAGAAAAUGUGCUUGGUUCUUUUCUUAAGAGUCAGAUGAGAAGAUUGAGAGAACAUAUCUGUCUGAUUAAAGCAGCGCUACAACCAGCAACCACUUAGCUUAGCUUAGCAUGAGGACUGAGAAAAGGGGAUAAAAAUAGCUUAAGUUAAAUCUAAAACAUAAAACUAGCAGUUACUUCCUGCUUAUCUACUGCUCCACACUCCAGUCCAGUAGGUGGCAGUAAUGUGUGGUGGACUGUAGAGUAGUGAAGAGAUGACGUAUUUUUGUAGGCCAACCAGGAAGUUGGCAUCGCACCGGUUCCCUCGUCAAAAACCUUAUGAGAUUUUUGAAUGGGAUUUGUGAUUAGCGCCAAAAAUAAGUUCUCUGAUGAACACAAGUUUAUGAGAAUUGCACGUUUUGUUUAGCAUGAUAAUAUUUACAGGGGAACACAAUUUUUGUGUGUUUUGAAGCGUAAAUGAAAUCACCAGAAGCAAAAAGCUAUUGUUAGGCUAUACACAAACUACAUCACAGUCGCACGACUCGAAAAAUAUUAUAAACAGAUAAAUCCACAAGUUCGAGUGCAACUCUGUAAAGCUGUAAAGGCGGACAAUGA